CGUAGAUCGGAGUUUCAAUGUUUACGCAUAUGCAAACGGCUGUGGAGAACUGUACUUUAUUUCGGAGGGACCCUACUUUGCCGGAGACAAUGUGAGGCUUGGAUAUUUCCCGUCACCAAGGGUUGCAAAAGAUGAAAUUGCCAGCAAGUAUUCUUUUAAACUCAUCAAUGGCAGUAAUGAUAACCUAACGUACAUUGAACAAGCAAAAGGUGUUUUAGAGCUUGAUCAGGAAGGCCAGGAGUUUAUCUUUACUUUGUUCAACGUAAAGAAACAUGUCAGUGAACAAUAUUGGAUUGAGUGUCUGCAUGGAAUUUACGGAAAGUACUCUAAUAGUGUCAAUGUGUCGAUUAAAAGUAAGCCGAUAAUUGGCCCUUUAUCCAGAAUGUCUACAUGCAGAGAGUGUAUCGUUUUUACGACAGAUCAAACACUUGCAAAAGUAUACUGCGAAACGGAUGAAACUGAUGACGAGUAUAGCGCCACCAAUGUUAAGUUUGAAAUAGGACUAAAUCAGUAUGAUUCAAUCAAAUUAUCACGAAAUCGAUUUGGAUUGACUUCAUAUGACAAACCUGCAGAUGCGUUCCAUCAACUUAAUGCUGUUUGUACAGUCUUUGGAAAACACCGGAACAUGUCAGUGAAAGCUUCAAUAUAUGUAGUCGGCAACCCAAAUGGCCCACCGCAUCUAUCGGCUGACGAAGUAUUAUUCGAGGGAGAAACUGUCAAUAUAACUUGCACUUCAUCGAGCGCAAGGCCGCCACCAUUACUGAGAUUUCUUGUCGAAGCUACUGCAAUUGAUACCGAUACCAAAGUAUCAACAACGCUUGACUGUUCAACUGGAUUAUUCACAUCUGUAUCCAGGCUCCAUUCGUUUCAGAGAGAGUGGGGAAACAAGAACAUGUCUUGUCAACAGCAUCCGGAAGAGAAAGGAUUAUAUCCUGAGACAGUGUCAAAUAGUGUAUACAUUGUUUACAAAUGUAAGUGUGAAAAUGAUUUAAUAUAUCCAUUAUAA